AUGGCUGGAUAUGUUUUAGUUCGGUCAAAUUGGACAUCUAUUAAUUCAAUAUCACUUGAUCUUGUUUGUGAUGUUGAUAUUGAGGAAAAUAAUCAAUCGGCAACAAUGGAUAACCAAGAAGAAAAUAAUGAUGAUAAUGAUAUUAAUCUUAGGAAAACGGCUUCAUCAAAUGAUAAUGUAAAAAAUAUUAUACUUCGAUCAAAUGAUACAGAUAAACGAGAAGAUCCAGUUAUUAUAUUAAGUGUUCUUCAACCAGAUGAAUAUCAUAUUAUUUCUAUUCAAUUUUUAUCAAAUGCUAAACAUACUGAAUUUUAUCAUCGUGAAUAUAUUGGUAGUUGUCAAGGUUCACGUAUAACUGAACUUGAAAAUGACCCUAUUUAUGAAUCAAGUUUCGAAUUUAAUGAAAUCUAUGAAGAAAUAACAUUGAAAUGUUUAAAACUUGCUGAUACGACAGAAUUAAUAGUUUAUUGUAUUCAAAUUAAUCUAAGUAAAAAUAAAUCAAAUACAUUAUCAACACCAAUGAUGCAUUUACCAUUUGAUUUAAAUCGUGUACGUUCAAUGGUUGAUGAAACACAUUUAUCAUCAAAUGCUCGUCAAUUUAUGAAUGAUCUUCAACAUUUACAAGACCACCGGCGUGUAAAAGAAACAUCAUCAUCAUCAUCAUCACCACAAUUUAAUUUAGGUCAAUUUGUUUCAUUAAUGAGUGGUAUGAAGAGUUCAGCGCCAAAUCCAAAACAAACAACGCCUACACCUCUUACAUCAAUACUUAACGAAAUAAAGUCAUCUGUGAAUGAAGAAGUCAAGUGUACUCAAAGUCAAAAUAACGAUAGACUAAAACAAGAUUUAAAUGAAUUAGAACAUCGAUUAGAAACAUAUGUAGACAAACGAUUUCUUGAACUUCAACAACAUAUUGAUGAUCGUUUUAAUCGUCUUGAAGAGAAAUUAAAUAAAAAUGGAUAG